AUGCCACAAUACCCGUCAGCCGCUCCUGGUCAAAAGACUUUCAAACUCAACACUGGUGCCGAAAUCCCAGUGAUCGGUUUGGGAACAUGGCAAUCGGCCCCUGGCGAGGUUGCCAAAGCUGUCGAGAGUGCGAUCAAGGCCGGUUAUCGUCACAUUGACGCUGCAUGGAUCUACGGAAACGAGAACGAGGUUGGUCAGGGAAUCAAGGCGUCUGGUGUUCCUCGAUCGGAGCUCUUUGUCACGACCAAGAUCUGGUGCACCUAUCACCGACAACCAGAGGCCUGCCUGGACGAGUCGCUGCAGAGGCUCGGCUUGGACUACGUCGAUCUGUUGCUGGUUCACUGGCCCGUGCCGCUUGUGAAACGCGGUGACGAAAAGAUCCCGCUGAAUGAGGAUGGUUCGCGUGCCAUUGACCGCGAUUGGUCGCCUGAGCAGACAUGGGAGCUCAUGGAGAAGCUCCCUGCGACUGGCAAGACGAAAGCCAUCGGUGUCUCGAACUGGAGCAUUGCUUUCCUCGAUAAGUUGCUGGCCAAAGCCAAGAUCGUCCCUGCUGCGAACCAGGUCGAGCUUCAUCCAUUCCUUCCUCAGCACGAGCUGGUCAAGUACUGCCAUGACAAGGGUAUCCUUCCGCAAGCCUACUCGCCCCUUGGAUCAUCGGGAGGACCGGUCCUGCAAGACGAGCGCGUUCAGUCGAUCGCCAAGGCGCACAAAGCCGACCCAGCUCAGGUGGUCAUCUCGUGGGCUGCACAGAGAGGUGUUGUAGCCCUGCCAAAGAGUGUCACCCCUAGCCGUAUCGAAACCAAUGGCAAGCUGAUCGUGCUCUCGGAUGAAGAGAUGCUCGAGCUUAAUGAGCUGCACAAGCAAGAAGGCAAGGCGGUGCGCCUGGUCAAGCCCAAUUGGGGCGUUGAUCUGGGAUGGUGA